UUUCCAGGAAGUCUCUGCAACGCUGUUUUUUGUCGUUUAGAGAAACAAAUCUAAAUUCAGCCAAGGACAGUUGUCAACCGAAAACAACAAAACAUUAUAUAUAAAGUGCUAGCCUGUUACAGAAAAAAAAACUGUGUUUAGUGUUCUGAAGCAGCAAAAUUACGGUAGGCUACUUGCUCCUCCAGUUAUCUUUAAAUAAGCUAUCAUGCCAGACUGGGUCACUCUGUGCGUGGUCAUUAGUCUGUUAAGUCUUUUAAGUGUAGCUGGUUACAUUUUUUACUCGGGACUCCUCUCAGACAUCACCGUGCUAACUGGCUCUCCUCCCAUAAAGAAGAUUACAUUCGCCUACAAAUUCAAACAAGGACCGUACAAAAACUGCGGACAACUUUUUAAGAAAUUUCAUAAUAUUGGACCAAAGCUUUCAAGUAUCGGAGUGUUUUAUGAUGACCCCAAAAAGGUGCCAGAACUACAGUGUCGCUGUGUUGUCGGCAGUAUUCUGAGCGAAGGAGAGACCGAGCCAGAUGAGGAGCUUCUAAAGCGCUAUGAGACACUGGGCUUCAAUAUUUUCUCCUUUCCCGAAGUCACACACGUGGUCACUGCCUCUUUCCCCAAUAGGACAUUUUUCUCUAUGCUCUUGAGUGUGAGGAGAGUCUACCCACAGCUAGAACACUACAUCAAGGAAAGGAAGCUGUGUGCGCACCCGUUCCUCGAGAUCUACAGGGAGGGUCAGAUCCAGUUCAUGGCCCCCUUGGCUCGGCAGGGAGACUUCUAUGUGCCAGAAGUCCGUCAGGCAGAAAGAAGGCUUUCAGAGCAAGACGAAUCGCACAGUGACACAGAAGUCUCAGGUGCCGACUCAAACAGUGAACACAGCUCAGGGAGUGGGGUUCUCCUGUCAGACAGCCGAGAGACAAGCCUGGUGGCGUCCUCCGUCCACUCUGUGCCUGUCCGGGACCAAGGAAGACGCUCCAGGGGAAGCUCAUUUAAAGAGCUGGACUGGGAGUGGACAGGUGGACAGCAGGAAGAGAGAGGAAAGGAGCUUCAUGGAGACUCCAACCAGAAGAGCCUGGAGGUUCCCACUGUGGAGUGGUGGGGUGUGGUUGGAGAGGAGGAGUGAGAGUUCAAUGAGAUGUAUUAGUUGAGAGAAUUAGAGGGGUGGAAUUGAAGAGAUUAAGAAGUGCAUAUGAUAAAACUGUUUUUCACAUUGUGUUUGUGUCCAAAUGGGGAACUACAAUAUUCAGCCAUUUUCAGUGAAAACACUGGGUGGGUGAUAUUUUAUAUUUCUGGUCUUAUUGUCAACUAAUCCCUUGAAAAGACCAAAACCAACAACCUGUAAGUUUGUUUCUGGGUAGUCUCGGACUUCCUCACCCUGUACGCCCUUCCAUUCAUACAGAAGAUUUUCAUUUAAAAAUAAGUUAUAAAUGUGUAAUUUUGUUUAAAAAAAGUUAAAUAAUUCCCUAAAACAGCUGGGAACUAUAGUUUUUAGUAAAAGUUACUCAGGUUGACGUGAACAGGGCAUUUGUUGAGAACUGUUUUUAGCACAUUUGGUGCAAAGUCACAGCAGCAGGUGUUACUUGAGAUCAAUUCAAAAUGAACUAUAGUGUCCAUGUUAAUGUUAAUGGUGGUACAGGUCACCCAGUGCAACAGUGUGCCUCACUGAAGUGUUUAAUGGUUUUUAAUUGGGUCCUUUGACCGAGGAAUAAGCAAAAUCAGGCUUUGGCUGUACAGAAAAUUCUGUCAAUUCAUUGUUCAGUUCAUUGUCAGUUUGGUCUUUUUUUGGGAUUUGACAGUAAAAAAAAAAAAAAAGGGAUAUGACCAGACUUAUUCUUGAAUCCUUUG